ACAUGUUAAUUGUCGGUGAUAUCAUUAGUAAAGUAACUAAAAAUAUAUCAAGUUAAUUCGAUAAUUAAAUUUUUUUCUAUAAAGAUCAGAUUCAAAAUGUUAAUGCAUCUCGUGAAUAGAAGAGAAAAAGAAUUUAAAAAUGGCUUGGAGGAUCGUUUUUCUACUGACAGCUGGUUUUGUUUAUGCUUAUGCUGCUAAACCUCCUGUAACAUGUCAAAGAAGUUUCAGUAAAAUUGGUUGCUUCAAAGAGGUAAAUAGCAGACCAGAUCUUGCAUUAAAUCCAAUGAAACUUGAGAUUAACGAUCGCGAUCCAAGCAGUUCGAAGUACCAAGGUUAUCUUAUUGACUGGAAAAAUAUGGAAGCAUCAGUGCACAGUUUAGCUUGCAGAUGCGCUAGUGCUGCAAGAAGUUUGAAAAUGAAUUACUUUUCGUUGCGUUUUUGGGGUGAAUGUUGGGUUGGAAAAACAGAUAUGGGAAAACUUGUUAUAACUCUUCGAGAUCCAAAAUGGGUGUCAACAGAUUGCGUAAACUCUUGGUCAUUUCUUGGUGUUUGUGACCAUAAACAUGAAAAAGAAUGCGUUGCGAAAGCAGGCUCAGGAUACAUCUACUUUUUAGACGAUACUAGCAAAAGUGAAGAAAAUAUUGACGGUGCAUAUUCUGAAUGGAGCAGCUAUACAGAGUGUUCUGCCACCUGCGGAUUUGGCUUAAUGGAACGAGAACGUACAUGCACAAAUCCUGCCCCAGUAGGUAAAGGAAAAGACUGCAGUAGUCUAGGACCAAUGAGCGAUGAAAAACCCUGUAAUUUACGAGAGUGUCCAGUGAAUGGAGGAAUAAGUGAAUGGACAGAUUUUGGACCAUGUUCUAAAUCUUGUGGAGGUGGAAUAUCAGUGAGAACAAGAAGCUGUACAAACCCAUCCCCAUUAAACGGAGGAAAAGAUUGCAGUGAAUCAAUUCAAGAAUCUAAAGAUUGUUCUACUGAUCCAUGCCCUAUUGAUGGUAAUUAUGGAUUAUGGAAUGCUUGGGGAACAUGUUCUGCUGAUUGUGGUGAUGGCUUUCAAACUCGUCAGCGAGAAUGUAAUAACCCAAAACCUCAAAAUGGAGGGAAAAGUUGUGAAUUGGCUGGUAUUAGUCAGGAGAGCAGGCUCUGUAAACUCAAGGAUUGUCCUAUAAAUGGUGGGUUUGGAAGCUGGAGUGAAUUUUCUCCUUGCUCUAAAUUAUGUGGUGAUGGAAUUCAAACUCGCACAAGGAAAUGUGAUCAACCUGAACCUGCACAUGGAGGAAAAGAUUGUGAAGGGACAUCUGUUGAAACAAACAUGUGCAAAAUAGUUGAUUGCCCUAUUGAUGGUAAAUAUGGUCAAUGGAAUUCUUGGGGAACUUGUUCAGUAAAUUGUGGUACUGGGGUUCAAACACGUCAAAGAGAAUGUAAUAGUCCAAAACCAGAAUAUGGUGGAAAAUCUUGUGAACUGACUGGCUUUAGCGAAGAUAGUAGAACUUGCAAAAUCAAAGAAUGCCCAAUUAAUGGAAAAUGGAGCGAAUGGGAAUCAUUUGGUGCAUGCACCCAAACAUGUGGUUCUGCACUUCGAUCAAGAAAAAGGUCAUGUAAUAAUCCAAAACCAGAAUAUGGUGGUCAAACAUGUGAUGGAUCAGAUAUAAUGACUGAAUCCUGUUCUUUUAUACCAUGCCCAGUGAAUGGUGGUUUAAGUGAAUGGACAGUUUUUGGACCAUGUUCUAAAUCUUGUGGUGGUGGCAUCUCAGUGAGAACAAGAACCUGUACAAACCCAUCUCCAUCUAAUGGAGGUAAAGACUGCAGCGAACCAACACUAGAAAGCAAAAUUUGUUCCUCAGAUCCAUGCCCUAUUGAUGGUAAUUUUGGUGAGUGGAAUUCAUGGGGAACUUGUUCUGUUGAUUGUGGUACCGGUGUUCAAACACGCCAAAGGGAAUGUAACAGUCCAAAACCUCAAUAUGGUGGAAAAACAUGUGAUUUAAUUGGAAUUACUCAAGAACAAAGGGAAUGUAAACUCAAAGAAUGCCCAAUAAAUGGUGGAUUUGGUAGCUGGAGUGAAUUUUCCGCAUGCUCUAAAUUAUGUGGUGAUGGAGUACAAACUCGCACAAGAAAAUGUGAUCAGCCUGAACCUGCAUAUGGUGGAAAAGAUUGUGUCGGAACAACAGUUGAAACAAACUUUUGCAAAAUUGUUGAUUGCCCCAUUGAUGGAAGUUGGAGUGAAUGGGAACCAUUCAGUGAGUGCAGUCAAAGUUGUGGUUCUACACUUAAAUCAAGAAAAAGGUCUUGUACAAACCCAGCACCACAAUAUGGUGGUAAGGCUUGUGAAGGACUUGAUACAAUGACUACAGCAUGCCCCUUUGUACCAUGUCCAGUUAAUGGUGGAUAUGGACAAUGGUCUAGUUACAGCAGUUGCUCAAAAGAUUGUGGACAAGGUACUCGAACCAGAACAAGACAAUGUGACUCGCCUUCACCAGCAAAUGGUGGAAGAAACUGUGAUGUAUUUGGACCAUCUAGUGAACAGAUUAAUUGUUAUACUCAGUGCCCAACUCAAUCUGCAAUAGCCUGUGAGGCUGAAGAUCUUAAUAUAAAUUGCUAUGGAAGAGGAACUAUACAAAUAAGCUCAGCUAAUUAUGGGAGAAGAGCAGACCAUAUAUGUACAAGAUGGCCUAAUCGUUGGAAUAGAAACUGUGGAAAUGAAUGGAACUCUCGCAACGUUGUUACAAGUAGAUGUCAAAACCAAGCAGCCUGUAGUGUCAGAGCUGGUAAUGAAGUUUUUGGAGACCCAUGUUGGGGAAUUUACAAAUACCUUGAAGUACAGUAUUAUUGCAGUGGAUAACAGACUUUAUAUGUUUUACAAAUUUGAUUGAAUUAUUUAUUUUAUUAUACAUUGUCUAAAUAUAUUUAUAUAAAUAUUUGAUUUAAUAUCAAAUCUGAUUUAAUAUCAAAGAAUGUUUACAUUACUUUUAUUGAAUGAGAGUAGCACAUAUGCAAGUUGAUUUAUGAGUUUUUUAAAACGUUGAAAAUAAUGAUUAACAUAAAA